GCGUAGUACUGGAGCAAGAGAGGCAGAGAGAGGUGGAGAGAUACUACACAAACAAAGUAAGAGGUGGAGAGCUACUGUACAGACACAGCUGGGGAGAGGGGUGGAGAGAGAAUAUCCUCAGUUGUAAAAGAGAAGCUUCAGUGAGAAGGACAAAGAGGAAAGAGACACUGCAGAGAAAAAGAGAGAGGGCAAUAAAUACAGAGCAGCCCUGUGGGGACCAAGAGGUAAACUGACCCUGACAGAGCGCUCGCUGCGCUGCCAGCCCCCGGAGGCGCCAGAGAAGCCCUGAGAGAUUUGUCACAUUAAGAAGAGCCCCCCAGUGCUCUCCACACACACAUGAGCCUACCGCGGCCGCCACUCUCUCACACACACACACGCGAGGGGCAAGCCGGGGAACGUAGCCGGACAGAGGAGUGGAGUGGACUGGAUGACAAGAGGAGAGGAAAGUCACUGUUUCACUCAAAAGCCUAGAGGGAGGACCAAGAGAGGACCAAGAGGAUUACACGCUGAAAAGGAGUCCUCAUUCCCCUCGUGCCGCUCACCCUUGACCCCUGAAGCAAACAUGAGCAGCUGCAGGAAGAGGUGCAAGAGGGAAAUGUUUAAAUUUGCCCAGUACCUGUAUAGACUCAUCACGGGCACGCUCCAUGCAGACAGCGUGGAGGAUGAGUUGGAGCUUUCAGCCGUCCGCCAUCGCCCCGAGGGCCUGGAGCAACUUGAGGCCCUGACUCGCUUCAACCGCAAGGAGCUGCAGAUACUCUACCGAGGCUUCAAGAACGAGUGCCCUAGUGGCGUGGUCAAUGAGGACACCUUCAAAGUCAUCUACUCCCAGUUCUUCCCACAGGGAGACGCUUCGAUGUAUGCACAUUUUCUGUUCAACGCGUUUGACACGGAUAAAGAUGGAUCUGUGAGUUUUGAGGACUUUGUCAUGGGCCUCUCUAUCCUCCUCCGAGGCUCAGUCCAGGAGAAGCUCAACUGGGCGUUCAAUCUGUAUGAUAUUAAUAAGGACGGAUAUAUUACUAAAGAGGAAAUGCUUGACAUCAUGAAGGCCAUCUAUGACAUGAUGGGGAAAUGCACAUAUCCCCUACUCAAAGACGAUACCCCUCGACAACACGUGGAGAUAUUUUUUCAGAAGAUGGAUAAAAAUAAGGAUGGUGUUGUAACCAUAGAUGAGUUUAUUGACUGCUGCCAAAAUGAUGAGAACAUCAUGAGGUCGAUGCAGCUCUUUGAAAACGUAAUUUAACUCUUGGCUGACCUGGAGAGCUCUGGACUCGACUAUCAACAGACACCAACCAACAACCGGCAUACAGUGGACCACACAAUGGACCACACAAAUCAUACAUGUAAUGGUAUGAAACAUUCUGGAAUAACUGUAAAAAGGAAUUGAUCUUUACAAUCUUUCGUUUUCAAUUUGAGUUUUGUGGUCUGAUUAAAUAGAUUGAACUCUUCAAAUCUCCUGUGUACAAAAGACACAUAUCUUAACAGCUGUGCUGCAGUCACCAUUUACAGUAUCUGCAGUACAGGAAUCCAGCAAACUGGGUCAUCACUAUUUAACACAGACACAAAAUCAUGAACCCCGCCUAUUUCUAAGACGUAUCUUCUUAAAAUUGUAUUCCAAACCUUAACCCUGAUUUUAAACCAAACCUUAAAUUAAAACCAAAAAGCACAUUUUGGUUUUCAUUAAUUUUUGCCAAUUUUGCAUUUGUGCCUGUGUUAUCUAGUGGAAACCAGCAAAAUGUGUUAUCUUAUGCCACUGCCUUUGAACAGAUGGACAACAAUGAGUCUGAAAGGUGAAAGUUUGUAUGAUGAAUAGUGACAUAACUGUGUGCCGAAAUCAGGCUCAGAAUUCCAGAAUGUUCCUAACCACUGAGGUUUUUCAGCCACCACGGUCCAUCCUUUGCUCUCCCAGCACCCAAGUAAAAUAGACCAUUGUACCAUUUAAAAAAAAGUGUAUAUACUCUAAGAAUCUAUGUGGAUCUUUCAACUUUGUUCAUGCUUACUUGCCAACUAAAAUGAGACGAUGCACUCCACGUUGAAUUCGAUGACGAGUCUGGACAGUGAAAAGUAUCAUUAGAAGCACACAGGUAGCUGUUACUUACAUUGAGUAUGUGAUUAGGAGAAACAAUUAUCUUGCCACAGGAUUAUGCUGCUUUUAAAUGUACUGUAUUUUAUUUGACUGUACAUGUCUGUAUUGCCCCAUGUGUCCUGUUGACAUGUUUUCAUUCAUGUUUCAAAUAACAAUUUUGCAGGUUACACUGGUUUGUUGGAUUUUAAUUAUAUAGAUAUGAUAUAUGGGAGAUAUGCUAGUCAAUGUACAAAGGGAUAGUCAUGUGGACAGUAUUAAGCAGAAGCUCACUCUUGGGGGGAAUUUAUGGUCUUUCUGAAUAUGCAUGUUUAUCACUGUCCUUUGCAGAGGGGUGAAGCUGGGGUGAAGCUAUACAAGCAACUUCGAAUCUGUCAUCCUUUGGUUUUGAGAGGUAGAUCUGUUGAAACAACCCCUAUCCCCAACUGUCUAGACAAUAAAAAAUAAAAAAAUUAUUUCACUAGGCAAGUCAGUUAAGAUGAUGGCCUAGGAACAGUGGGUUAACUGCCUUGUACAGGGGCAGAAUGACAGAUAUGUACCUUGGGGAUUUGAUCUUGCAACCUUUCGGUUACUAGUCCAACGCUAGGGUACGCUGCCGCCUCAUUUGCACAUACUGUAUAUAGACUUUUUCUAUUGUAUUGUUGACUGUAUGUUUGUUUAUUCCAUGUGUAACUCUGUGUUGUUUGUGUCGCACUGCUUUGCUUUAUCUUGGCCAGGUCGCAGUUGUAAAUGAGAACUUGUUCUCAACCGGUCUACCUGGUUAAAUAAAGGUAAAAUAAAAAAUAAAAAAUGAGGUAGGAUAAGGGAGGUAAGGCAAUAAAUAGGCCAUAGCGGCAACAUAAUUACAAUAUAGCAAUUAAACACUGGCGUGAUAGUGGAGGAUUGGACAGGUGGAAACAAUAUGGUGAUAAUUCUACCCAGCCUAUCAGAGGGGAAGGUGGAGCUAUGACCAUAUUGCUUAAAUAUACCCAGUCCUCUCAGAUCUCUAAGUUUAUAAGGGGUAGGGGUUGUUUCUGGACAGGGCCUGUGUUUUCUUUCAUCUUAUUUGUGAGGUGUCCAGUUUCCCUGCAUAUGACGACUGAUUGGCCCCUGCUGUCUCUGAUUAGAGUCCUGAUUGGCUCCAAUCAUGCGCAGGGACAGAGCAUGCUGGGUAGCAGAUGGGGCCCCUCCCUCCCCAAUAUCACUACUUACAGGAUGCUUCUGCUCCGAAACCCUACUUUAUUGCCCAUCCCUAAAUUAAAAGUUUGUGAAAAGCAAUGUGGACAUGAGCAAGGAGGUAUCUGCAGUAUUUUGCAUAUUCUGUUUCCUUAAUUAAUUGGCAAUAACUUAUUUAUCCAUGUAAAUGUACCCCUGGGAAUGUGUUCUGGAGUUCAUAAGAAGAAGCAUAGUCUAGGGAAAUAACUUGUUUGUGUACCUAGCUUGAUCUUAUUUGACCAAGGAUUUUGUUCAGCGGGCUAAUUAUCUCCUAAAACCAUUGUUCGAUUUAAGUAAGGCACAGCUAAACAAGUUCUUCUUGGACAAGUCCAGGUUGUACCUAACGAUUUCACCAUCUUAAAACGUGUUCUCCCUAUUGAACAUGUCUCUGGCAAACAAAGUGACUUCUGUCAAUCUGUUAUUCAACCUUACAUCCGAAUGUAUUUAAAUCAAUCAUAAUAGCAUGAGGUGCAUGAGGGUAGUAAUUGGGUGCUCUGAUUUCAGAUUUUAUUGCACUCAAUCUGAUCUUGGAAAAUGAAUUGAUCGAACAAAGCCUGUUAAAACCUUCACAGAUAUAUGCACAGGACUUAAAUUGUAUUUAUUUUCUUACACAAUGUACCAAUGUUAAUAACUUAUUUGAGUAGCCUCUGUGUGCUGUGUUUGUGGCUUGGAUCCAUUACAAAAUGUUACAAUAAUGCCACCUUGUGGUACUCUGAGCCUACCACUUGGUUCAAAGAAAUAAUGUACUUUGAAAUAUUGGCAAUUCAGGGAUGCAGACGCUGCCAAGAUAAAAAUCCCCCACCCAUUCAAAUAACUUGCAAUGGAGUCGCGUUGUUACUCCAAUCUUGAAAAAACUAGUUGGGUUGAGAAGCAUUAAACACAUUAGGUAAAACAUUGCUGACUUGAAUGCUAUUUUGAAAUACAAGUGCUGUAUAUUUUCCUCGAAGGACCUCUAUAAAAUGUUAAGGAACUAUGUUCCUCUUUCACUCAAUAGAAUAUGCCAUUUAGCAGGCGCUUUUAUCCAAAGCGACUUAGUCAUGCACUUUUACGUUUGGGUGGUCCCGGGAAUCAAACCCACUACCCUAGCAUUACAAGCGCCAUGCUUUGAGCUACAAAGGACCACUCUAAAAAUGUAGGAAGGAAAGACUAAUCUUUCUGCCAUUAGCUAAAUCUAGGAAACUGCUAUCCAAGUUAGUGUAGGUUGAAUAUGUGCGGACCCAUAUAGGAUUAGAAGGGUGAUAUAAAGGACCUUAAGAGUCACUGGACAUUUAAGAUGUACAGUUGUCUUUGUAAUUAGGUGAGUGCAUUUUAUAAGAGAGAUUCAAUAAACUGGUUUGAAUGUU